AUGCCCAACAGCAGCAUAACCCAGCAGAACCACUCCUCUGAGAUGCUGCCAGACACCUCGGAGGGCCUCCAGGUGGUUCUCAUAGCCCUGUACACCAUCAACCUGGCUGGGGGCACCCUCGGAGUCAUCCUGAUGUCCUAUCAGUUGUUCCAAAGGAGAACACGAUCUGUGAUGACCGUCAUGAUCAUCAGCCUCUUGGUGCUGCACACCUUCAUGCUCCUCAGCAUCCCCUUCCGCCUCAGCUACUACAUUUUAAAGCAGUGGAAAUUUGGGAUGUUCGCCUGCAAGCUAGCCAGUGCCAUCAUCUACCUCCACAUGUACAGCACCUUUGCAUUUUACGUGGCCAUCAUCCUGCUACGCCUCUUCCCACUGGAGUUUAGGAGGUGCUACACCCAGCUCUGGGUGGCUGCUGUCUGGUUGGUGGGAGUGCUGGUGGUCACACCCCUUCUUCUCUCCUACUACGGCACCUCUAGCACCUAUCACUCCUCCCAGUGCUUCCAGUUCCACAAGGAGAUGAGGAAGACGCCCAUGGUGAUCAUAAACUACUGCUUGGUUGGGAUUUUGGUGGUGGUUUGUGCCCUGCUCACCGUGAUCCAGUUAUCUGUCAUCUGUAGACUGGCUGUGAAGUACUGGCCCGACAUCAACUCCCACGUGGAAUUCAGGGCUCAGGCAAAGAGUUUCUUCUUCAUCUUGGUGACAUUAGUCUGCUUCAUGCCUCAUCACGUGUUCCGAGCGUAUUACAUCCAAAACAGGCACCUGGGUGAAGACCAGAAACUACUCUCAUACAAUGAGAUUUUUUUGGCUUUAACAUCCAUGUGCUGCUUGGAUAUGUUGUGCUUCAUAGCAGGAAUAGCCCACUGA